AGCGUGUUAGAAGCGCGUACAGUAAAGACGUCGACACCGAUCUCCAUAAAUCGCCUGUUUUUGUGAGUUCAGACGUGCAAGUGUAAAUGCCGGUCGUUGACAGAUGUCGAUGAGACUGAGCGAUGCCUUUAAUCCCCGCGAACCAGCCCCAGGUGAUCCGCAGCUGUCAGAAAGAUGAGUUUUACCACAGUAAUCUCAGUAACCAAUCCAACGAGCUCUUCCACGCGUGCGCUGGUUCCAGACGCUGGCUUCAGUGGAGAAAAGAGGUUGAAUUGCUGUCUGACCUGACCUACUACGUCCUGACAACAUUAUCUGGAUAUCAGACUCUGGGUGAGGAGUAUGUCAGCGUCAUACAGGUGGACGCCAGCCAGAGGAGAAUCCCCUCGAGAGGACGCAGGACGGCGCUCGUCCUCUUCCACGCGUUCGUGCCGUAUGUUCUGGACAAGAUCUGCGUCUGUGUGGAGAACGAGCUGGAGACGGAGGCGCGAGAGGUGAGCAGGACCUGGAACCCGGCGUCGCACCUCAGGUUCUGGAUUCACAGAGCGGUGGCGAUGUUGACUGAAGCUCAGAGGAAGUCUUUGGUGCCGCUGGUGUUUGCCCUGCAGCAGGGAAUCACUCUCUUCUACCGUCUUCACGUGGCUCUCUUCUACAUCACUGGAACCUUUUAUCACAUCAGUAAAAGAGCUGCGGGUGUGCGCUACGUGAGGGUGAGAAGCGCGCACGAGGACGAGCCGAGGAUCAGGAAGACUUAUGGUCUGCUGGGGGCGCUCUCUCUCCUGCAGCUGAUCGUCACGCUUACACUGCAGCUGAAGAACCUGCGACAGAGAGCUCGACACCAGUGGACACAACACAGACACCUGCUCCCCAGUGGUCAGGCGAGCGAGGCGGCGUGUCGCUCCUCUCGCUGUAUCUUGUGUUUGGAGGAGCGCAGGCACUCGACGUGUACCCCGUGUGGUCAUGUGUUCUGUUGGGAGUGCAUCACUGAGUGGUGUAACACGAAGACUGAAUGUCCUCUGUGUCGAGCGAAGUUUCAGCCUCACAGGCUGGUCUAUCUGAGAUGCUACCAGUAAAUCCAGACUCCCCAUCGUCACACUUCACAAACUCCAUCGGUGUGUAAAAACAUUGCAUUCAAUAUAAAAGUCACAUGCUGUAUACAUUUUGUACAGAAUUUGUGAAGAUCACUGGCAUUGUAAAUUUCAUUAUAAUUGUACUUACUGUGAAUGACUUGUAAAUGAUUAAAAUGAGAAUGUAAUAUUUACAGAACAUGAGGUGUGUGCACUGUUUUUGUUGAUUUGACGUUUCUCACAGUUUGUUAUUGUUGGGUUCGUGAGGCUCAAGUCUGUCAGCUCGAGCUGUCAAGCUUGUUGAACAGACUUUCACCAGAGUAAAAUAGACCUAAGACCAUAGGCUAUAUGCUUGUUUUUCUUAUCAAGAACAUGUCAAACUAAAUAAACAAGAUAACCAUAUAUCACAGACUGUCAAUAUUCUUUGCGUUUUGUUUUGUGUGUUUGGUUUAAAUGCAGUUUUUUUAAUGUAUUUUUCUAUUUUUUUCCAACGUUGCUAAUCUUUUCAAUAUUAUAUCAACAGGAUAUAAU